CGCCGCCGACCCAGUCAACAAUGGAUCGUCGUGGCCAACGUCCGCCGCGCUCCGCGCGUCCGCCGCCAUUCUCGCCCUCCUCCCCCUCUUCGCCCCCGGCGCUCGACCAGCAGCCGUACCUCUCGUACCAUCAGCCGACCAGUUCGACGGAGCUCUCGCGCAACAUCUCCUUCCAGACGAAGGAGAGCGGCGACAGGCAUGGCCUUGUCGACCAGGAGCGUCAGAGGGCGUACACGGCGUACCACCACACGCAGGUGCAGUCGCCCCCAGACCCCGGGUUUGCAGAAGCGGGUGGAGUGGACACUGCGGUGAAUAGGAAGAAGAGUCUGGUCAGGCCUGACAGGGAGAAAAUCGAGCCGGGACACAGAUUGUACCACUAUAGGAACCAUGCAGCUCAGAUGGAGGACGAAGGUGGUGGAAAUGCCAUCCCAUCUACAACCGGAAAUGUGCCUCAGACGCAACUUCUGCGGCGUGGGAAGUCGCUCCUUGGGCGAGAAGAGGACGUGCACGAGUCGGGUCUUGCCUUGUUCAAAAGAGGACAGACACAACGUCGCAAGAAGGUCCCAGAGCCAGACAGCACGCCCAAGCGGACCUGUAUGGACAGACUAGGGCCUGGCCCUAAGGGGCCAUGGUUUAUGUACUGUUUCAUUAUAACGUGUCUAGUUCCGCCGCCCCUACUCAGACUAUUUGGUAUUCGUACGCCCGAGCAAAUCCGCGCAUGGCGUGAAAAGAUAGGUCUCAUCGGAAUUAUCCUGGCGCUCAUGGCCGCAGUCGGAUUUAUCACUUUUGGUUUCACUGAGACGGUCUGCGGGACGCCGCCAAACCGCUACCACGCCGGCUCGAUACAGGACGCGUCGGUGAUCAUCCAUGGCUAUGAUUACGACUUCUCGGACUUCAAGCACCCGAAAGUAGGGAACUUUGAUGGCACAUCGAAUCCGCUGGAUGUAGGCGGCUGGCAUGUCGCGGGCGCGGAUAUUUCGUUCAUGUUCCAGACCACGGGCGGGUAUUGUUCGAGCUAUAUCACGAAGGCCGCCAACUCGUCGAUUAACGGCACUACGAAGGACCCGGAUUGGUACUUCCCGUGCAACGCCUUCCCUCAAGAUGGCUCUUCGACUGUCAACUUGACAGACUAUGAUUCCAACACAACAUGCCACCUUUCGUCCACAGCGAGGUCGGAUCUGGCAGCCAUGACGCCCUUGGGUGAAGUUUACUACACGUGGAGUGACCUUGCUGAUCCGUCGCGCAAUCUGGUUGUUUAUGAGCAAUCAGUACUGGACUUCGGUUUGCUGAACUGGCUUAAUUCGUCAGAAGUGAGCUACCCGUCGAUAUUCGACGAGUUCAAGACGGGGAACAGCACAUUCAGUGGAAGGGAUCUUUCGAUGUUUUUCAUGCGUACAAACGAGCGGGAGCUCGGCCAAUGUCUGGAGCAGAUCAUCAAAGUUGGCUUCAUUGACACGAAGACGAUCGGGUGUAUAGCCUCCCAAGUCGUGCUGUACGUCUCCUUGGUGUUCAUCAUUGGCGUCGUCGGCAUUCGGUUCGCCAUCGCGCUCUACUUCUUCUGGUUCAUUUCGGCGAAGGUCGGGAACUACAACAACGAGACAUAUCAGCAGCGUCGACAACGCAUGCUGGAGAUCGAGGACUGGACGAACCAUAUCUACAAGCCUGCCCCUGCGGGGUACAGGCCGAAUGUGUACAAGAACGGCGUGGCCAAGGGUACGAAGAAGCUCAAUACGUUCCUACCGAGCACUUCGCGCUUUACACCGUCGGAUACGAUGUUUAAGCCCGGUAUGGGUGGCAUCCGUACCCCGGGUGCAUACGGUAUACUAGAGCCCAUCCCAUACAAGAGAGGCGGGAACAGUGUCUAUGCUUCGCCCAGCGGGAAGAGCCUUUCUAAAGUUGGAACACCAGAUACGCCUGGCUAUCGUCACUCUCGCAGUUCCAUCUCGCUCGCCACCGAAGGGCCGCGCGGUCUGUUCGUGGAUACCCCCUGUCCCUUCCCGCUGCACAAUGUCGUGCCACAACCGCCUCCUGACUACGAACCGUUCAAUUUCCCUCUAGCCCAUACGAUCUGCCUUGUCACGGCGUACUCCGAGUCCACCGAGGGCCUCAGGACCACGCUCGACUCUCUCGUAACUACGGACUAUCCGAACAGUCACAAGCUCAUUCUCGUCAUUGCUGAUGGCAUGGUCAAGGGCGCAGGUAACUCGAUGACGACGCCGGAGAUCUGUCUAUCGAUGAUGAAAGAGCUUAUCGUCCCGCAGGAGGAGGUCGAAGCUCACUCGUACGUAGCUAUCGCCGAUGGACACAAACGACAUAACAUGGCCAAGGUUUACGCUGGCUUCUAUGAUUACGAUAAUGAGACUAUUGAGCUCUCAAAGCAGCAGCGUGUCCCAAUGAUCUUGGUUGCGAAAGUCGGCAACCCACUCGAGGCGAAGGAUGCAAAGCCAGGCAAUCGCGGCAAGCGCGACUCACAGAUCGUACUGAUGGGCUUCCUUCAGAAGGUGAUGUUUGACGAGCGAAUGACGACGUUCGAGUACGAGUUCUUCAACUCGAUCUGGCGCGUCACCGGUAUCAGCCCGGAUCGGUACGAGGUGGUGCUCUGCGUUGAUGCAGACACCAAGGUCUUCCCGGACUCUUUAAGUAGGCUGGUGGCGUGUAUGGUGCAGGACUAUGAGGUCAUGGGUAUCUGCGGCGAGACGAAGAUCGCGAACAAGAGCGAGAGUUGGGUUACCAUGAUCCAAGUCUUUGAGUACUUCAUUUCUCACCAUAUGACCAAGGCAUUCGAGUCGACAUUCGGCAGCGUCACUUGUCUACCGGGUUGUUUCAGCAUGUACCGCAUCAAGGCGCCCAAGGGUGAUUCUGGAUACUGGGUCCCAAUAUUGGCAAAUCCGGAUAUCGUCGAGCACUAUUCGGAGAACAUCGUGGACACGUUGCACAAGAAGAACCUGCUGCUGCUUGGAGAGGAUCGGUACCUUACUACUCUGCUUCUGAAGACAUUCCCGAAGCGUAAGAACAUUUUCUGCGCGUCCGCAGUGUGCAAGACUAUCGUGCCGGAUACGUUCAGCGUGCUCUUGUCGCAGCGACGUCGUUGGAUCAACUCGACUGUCCACAACCUCGCGGAGCUCAUCCUGGUCAGAGAUAUGUGCGGUACCUUCUGCUUCUCAAUGCAGUUCGUCGUGGGAAUGGAGCUUGUUGGGACGCUCGUCCUUCCCGCUGCCAUCUCUUUUACCCUCUACGUUAUCGUCGACUCAAUCAUUCCGCAUAAGUCCAGCACGACCAUCCCGCUGGUGCUACUCGCGAUUGUCCUCGGUCUCCCCGGUGUGCUCAUUGUGGUGACCUCGUUCAAGAUGUCGUAUGUCGGCUGGAUGGUCAUCUACCUAUUUUCGUUGCCAAUAUGGAACGGAGUCCUUCCGUCGUAUUCAUUUUGGCAUUUCGACGACUUCUCAUGGGGUCAGACGAGGCAGGUUGCAGGUGAUACUGUGGGCACGGAAAAUCACGGUGACAAGGAGGGAGAGUUCGACUCGACGCAUAUUGUCAUGAAACGAUGGGCCGAGUUCGAGCGGGAGAGACGAUGGAAGAGUGGCACUCAGUCGCGAGAUUCGACAUUCUUCGAGUACAGGUCGAACUCGCCAAAGAGGAGUGACAGUAGACGACCGUCGCUGUCUUCGACGGCUGACUAUCCGCAGCUCCAGCAGCAACAGCAAUAUGAUUCGGAAACCUAUGAAUCUUCUAACGUGGCAGCCACACGUCCACGCAGGGACAGCAACCAGCUGCUGAUGCUCCCGGCGCCUCUAGCUGUGAAUCGAUAUUCAGGGCCUGCGCCGGCUCCUUCCGUGUCUACUUCUGAUAUGGUGUCUCAUUCAAGCGAGGAAGGAACAUCCGAGGUCGGAUCGGCUCACAAACUACCGCACACUCAAAGGCAGAACACUGGCCAACAUCGCGCCCAGCCCUCGCAAGCGCAAGCACAGCUUGACUACCAAGCGCGUAUCACGCGUGCCGUCCUCCGACAAGGUACCGCUACGGGUCAGCAAGUAGGCGAGACGUACAAUCCAUACGGCCAGCAAGGUGGCUACAUUGACUCGCCUGCUGUUCCGUUCACGACGGACCCAGAAGAUAUGCCGCUCGCUCCGCCUCCGCGCCCGGCUCCAUCUAGGUCACGCGGAGUAAGUCUGGCAGACAACGGAGUUGUUCCUGGUCCCGGGGGUGUACGGCGGGUGUCGAGACAGGCGCGCAGGGCGUCAUCGCAGGCUUCGCCGCAGAAUCGAUACUCUCGAACGUCGACAUCGCCGUAUGGCAACCUUCCGCCUGGUGCUGCACCACCACAAGGA